UAUCAAUGAACAAAAAUCACCUAACCAGCACAUACAAUCUCGGGCACAACUAGCAGGAACCGGUCGAGCUCAAACCGAGUCACCACAGGACCCCACCAUGACAUUCAUCCGGGCGAACCAGAAGUCGCACGGCAGCUCACUGCUUUCCAACGCUGGGCGUGGGUAACCCCACCUGCCCGAUCCACGCAGGGUGUCAAAUCAACGCCCCCAACAGGCGGUUCCAGGGACACGACAUAAAACCAACACCCCACCUUCUUCAACUCUCCAAUCUUCUCCCCUUCGCAUCCUCCCCGCAAAUUUGCUGCUGCUCCUGCUGCUGCAAAAUUGACCCUUUAGUAACCGGAACCAGCAGACAAUCGCAAACAUGGGUUACACCGACGUCGACAAGCUCACCAUCAACACGAUUCGUGUGCUGGCCGCCGAUGCGACCUUUCACGCCAACUCGGGCCACCCGGGUGCCCCAAUGGGCAUGGCACCUGUCGCACACGUUCUUUUCAACAGAUUCAUGAGGUUUAACCCCAAGAACCCUAAGUGGCUCAACCGGGAUCGCUUCGUCCUCUCCAACGGGCAUGGCUGCAUGCUCCAAUAUGCGCUCCUCCACCUCUACGGUUAUGACCUCACUAUUGACGACCUGAAGGCCUUCCGGAAAGUCGACAGCAUCACUCCCGGCCAUCCCGAGGCUCACGACACUCCCGGCGUGGAGGUCACCACCGGCCCGCUCGGCCAGGGUAUCAGCAAUGCUGUCGGUCUCGCCAUUGCCCAGGCGCACACCGCCGCCGUCUUCAACAAGCCGGGCUUCGACAUUGUUGACAACUACACAUACUGCUUCCUUGGCGACGGCUGCUUGAUGGAGGGCGUCUCCGCUGAGGCUUGCUCUCUGGCCGGCCACCUCCAGCUCGGCAACCUGAUUGCCAUCUGGGACGACAACAAGAUCACCAUCGACGGUGACACCAACCAGGCUUUCACCGAGGACGUCCUGAAGCGCUACGAGUCGUACGGCUGGCACAUUCUGUCCGUCGGAGACGGAGACAACGACCUCGAGGGCAUCGAGGCCGCCAUCAGGAAGGCCCAGGAGGUCAAGGACAAGCCGACCCUCAUCCAGCUCAAGACCAUCAUCGGUUACGGCUCGAAGCAGCAGGGCACCCACGGCGUCCACGGCUCUCCUCUCAAGGCUGACGAUAUCAAGCAGCUGAAGGAGAAGUUUGGCUUCAACCCCGAGGAGAGCUUCGUCGUGCCCCAGGAGGUGUACGACCACUGCCGCAAGGUGGCCGCUGCCGGUGCCGCCAAGGAGGAGGAGUGGAACAAGCUGCUCGCCAAGUACGCCGAGCAGUACAAGGCUGAGUACGAAGACCUGACCCGCCGCCUCAAGGGCGACCUCCCCGAGGGCUGGGAGAAGAACCUCCCUACCUACACGCCUGCCGAUGCGGCUGUUGCGUCGAGGAAGCUCUCCGAGACUGUUCUCAACAAGAUCUUCGAUGCCGUGCCCGAGCUUGUCGGCGGUUCCGCCGACUUGACCGGCUCCAACCUGACCCGGUGGAAGGGCGCUGUUGAUUUCCAGCCUCCCUCGACCGGCCUGGGCAACUACGCCGGCAGGUAUAUCCGCUUCGGUGUCCGUGAGCACGGUAUGGGCGCCAUCCUGAACGGUCUGGCCGCCUACGGCACCAUCAUUCCCUACGGCGGUACCUUUCUCAACUUCGUCUCGUACGCUGCGGGCGCUGUCCGUCUGUCUGCGCUCUCGCGCGUGCGCGUCAUCUGGGUCGCGACCCACGACUCGAUCGGCCUCGGCGAGGACGGUCCCACUCACCAGCCCAUCGAGACGCUCACCCACUUCCGUGCUCUGCCCAACUGCAUGGUCUGGCGUCCGGCCGACGGCAACGAGACCAGCGCUGCCUACUACGUCGCUCUCACCUCCAAGCACACUCCCAGCAUCCUUGCGCUCUCUCGGCAGAACCUGCCGCAGCUGGAGGGCUCUGUCAUUGACAAGGCCAUCAAGGGCGGCUACGUCCUCCACGAGCAGGAAGGUGCUGACAUCACGCUGGUGUCGACUGGUUCCGAGGUGGGCAUCUGCGUCGACGCCGUCAAGGAGCUUGCCAAGCAGAACAUCAAGGCCCGUGUUGUCUCGAUGCCCUGCUGGGAGGUGUUUGACACGCAGCCCAAGGAGUACCAGCUCAGCGUUCUCCCCGACGGUAUCCCGUCGCUGUCGGUUGAGGUCAUGAGCACCAUUGGCUGGGAGAGGUAUACCCACGAGCAGUUUGGUCUCAACCGCUUCGGUGUCUCGGGUGCCUACAAGGAUGUGUACAAGAAGUUCGAGUUCACCCCCGAGGGCGUCGCCAAGCGGGCAAUUGCCACGAUCAACUUCUGGAAGGACGUGCCUAACAUUCGCUCGCCCCUCAACCGCGCAUUCCAGCAGAUCCUCUAAACGGGAGGGCGUUGGCGAAGAGAACGGCCUUUCGAUGAAAGGCGGAAAACAAAUCGGUGACAUAGCGAUAGAAAUAUUUCGGUGGCAGAGGAAAAACAAGGCUCCGAACCUAGAGCCGUCGGAAAGGUUAUUUUUGGUAUUGUCGGAAUAUGCGGUUAUGAACAGUCGCGCUCAUGACAUGAUAUUGGAAGUAAAUAGACUUCUGCUCCAAUGCCUCGCUGCAAUGCUGUGAUACUGUGCCGUUGGCAAUACGAGAAUGGCAUGACUAUGGAUGUGUUGCGGCUGGCUUCUCUUUGUCAGAUCGAAGUCGUCACAAGUGCUCACUCGGUCCUUUCG